AUGGAAACGGAGUACGUCUGCCCGACAUGUCGCAAUUCUCCGUUGGUUGCGGAUGCGAUGAUGACAUCGGCUGGCAAUAGCUCCGUCGCAGCAUCACCAAACUCCAUAUCCACUCACGAUGAAGCAUCGCGUAGUGCCCCCAUAGAGAGCAACUAUGGCAUAGAUUCGCCUUCUAACAGGAACAGUCCGCUGAUGUCACUGGCACACAUGGAUCCUUCAUUUAACGAUAUUUUCAGCAUUACACAAUCCGGAGGGCAGGUUUCUUCGAUGUCUCCGUCGGGAUCUGUGGCGCUGAGUGGGCCACUGUCUUCUAGCAGAGCUUCGCCGGGUUCAUUUCCUGAAUUUGCUGCUAUCGGCGAUAUUAGUGAAGAACUUCGAUUUACUGCCAGGAGAGAACGAAGUGACAAUUCCUCCAGUUCCGGCCGUAUAUCACGUGGCGGCGGAGUGAAAAAACCGUACGGUCGUGGUGUGGCGCCCAGGACGCGUUCGCUUGGUGGCGUGACCGAUUUCCCGGAAAUCAUCUCUUCUCAUCGCGGUAAACGAAGUGGACGGGGAGCUAACAAAAAUGCCAGAGGCCGUCGUCCAAGGUUUCUAAUUCAUGCGCAGAAUCUCUCUGUUACUUCGCAGCAAAUACCUUGA